UUCGUUCUCUUUUCUUCAAGAAUAAUUGCUGUGAAUUACUCUCAUGACCUUAGUGUUUAUAUUUCAAAUUUUAGGCGUUUUGGCACUUGGCCAGUUGCAGUGCUUACUGAGGACAAGAAAAGAUAUUUACUGGAAGGUCCUGUUUGCAAUGGCAGUCAAAUUAUUGGAUGGCACACUGAUCGGAGUAAAUCAUCUAGAAGAUUUCACAUUGAAAUGUCAGGAUUUGCAUUUAACAGUACCAUCCUCUGGGAUCCAAAAAGAUGGCACCGGCCCACUAUCGACCUCAUCAGACAUCAGGACUCUGCCAGGGAGGGUUUUAAGGAAAGCAAAUUUGUGGAGCAAUUAGUUGAGGAUGAAAGCCAAAUGGAAGGCUUGGCACAUAACUGUUCCAGAAUUCUGGUUUGGCAUCUGCAUUUUGAGGCCAAUGAACUCUUAUAUCCUAAUGGAUGGUUAAAUCAGAGGAAUCUGGAAGCUCUUAUUCCUCUAUUAUAGGCUGAAUUUCUUCCUCGUAAGUCCCUUUUAAGGUUCUUUGGUGCUGCAUUACUAUGAUAUAAUGUGAUCUAUUAUGAUCUAUAAUACUUAAAAACUUAUGAGGGUAGAUCAUAUCAUCAUAGUUCCAUAUGGUUAUUUUCCCAGUAAUUAAAAGGCUUAUGAAUCCUUGUAUUAUCAGUUCAAGCUCUUCCUUGAAUUCAUCUAGAUCAUCUUCUUAUGAGAUUCUUUCAUUUGCUUGGACUA